AUGGAGAGGAGGGUUCUGCUGCUGACUGUGGUGAUGUUAGGCACAGGUGUGAUGGCUGCGCACGGAGGAGGCAACUACCAGACAGUGCAUCUACAGGACCACUGUGGGGAUUCCGUGACCCUGGGAAAGACCGGACACAUCAAAUGGGAGGGCCCCACUGACGGGGCCGACUGUUUCGUCAUCCUGUGCGCGGAACCUGAACAGAAGAUCGUCCUGCAGUUCCUAACCAUGGACAUCCUCCCGCCGAGUAACACCAGCUUCAAGGGAUGCACCACCAACAGACUGGCCCUCUAUAACGGCAACUACGGUGACUUCUUCGCUUCUUACGACCGAAAAGUCUGCACCAAGUCCAGAGACUUCAUCUCCGCUAAGAGCAACAUCUCCCUGCACCUGCGCACUAACUUUUCCGGACACGGGAACUUCGACAUCAUGUUCACCACUUACUACUUCAGUCCGGAAGGUCACUGCCCGGCAGGAAACUUCUUCAAGUGUUCGAAUGACCGCUGCAUCGACAAAGGCCUGACCUGUGACGGCGUCUACAACUGCGGAAGUGACGACCGCAGCGACGAGUCAAUAUUCCGGAACGAGGCUAGGUGCCCCGAGCCUGGCAUCAACCUGACGUUUGCUGAGAUCAUGGGGAUCGCGAUCGGCAGUUUCGGCCUGCUGGCAGUGGGUGGGCUCUGCUGCUACGUGUUCAUCUUCAAGGGCUGCGGCCAGACGCGCCCGUCCCGCUUUAACCGCCGCUCCCGUCGGAGACACGAUCGGGCCAGCCAGGGCGAUAUCGCCAUGACACCGCUCACUAGUCUGCAGGAGGUCCGGCACAAGGAGGUCAGGAGUUCGGCGCACACUGUGUCCUCCCACCGCAGCGGACCGGCGGCGAGCGCUCCCGAGAAGAAGUCUCCGACCAUGCCGCCGAAACCCAUCGUCAUGGGCGCCGUGAGCAAGAGCAUCCCGCUGGAGAUAGUGGACAUAUCUGAGAGUACUAGUAAACGGUAAAGGCUUGGUCACAUUCGUCGUGCGAUCAUCGUACAAUCGUCGCACGACCGCCAUACGAUGGUCGCAUCGAUCGCCGUACGAUCGACG